AUGUCAGUACGCGUGUCGAGGCCUCAGCUGUCAUUAUCUGAGAAAGGACACUUGGUCCUACGGCUGAUGUUCCGUGCUCCACUCCAAUUCAUUCUCAACUUCAUCUAUGGAGUGCCCUUCGCCAUUGCGCGAGGCAUUCCCCCCCGCUUCUUUGUCUUCUGUGCCCUCUACCGCUUCGUGCUGGGCUGCAUGCGGCCGCGGGAGAUCCAAUUUCUCAGUUCACCCUCUCUCAGGACCUACGAGAGAUGGAUCGAGAAGAAGAGGAAAGCACAUCCAGAACAUGCCGAUAGGCUGACUAGGGACGUCGAAAUGCUCCCAGAUAAUGAUGGAUCAGUAAUGUGGCUGGGAAACCGGAAAAAGGCCACGAAAUUUGUUCUCUUUUUCCACGGCGGUGGAUAUGUCGUGCCGUUGCUCCCAGGCCAUGUCGAGUGGUGUUGGCAAGCUUACGUCGCCGCCGGUCCUGGAGCGAAUGCCGAGGUAGCCGUCGCAAUUCUGCAAUAUACCCUCGUUCCCGAAGCGCGGUAUCCGACGCAGCUCCGGCAAGGCAUCGCGGCCCUCAAUCACCUUCUCCAGUCUGGGAUCAAACCGAGUGAUUUGAUCAUCGGUGGUGAUUCGGCGGGUGGUAAUUUGGCGUCUCAAGUCAUCCGCCACAUUUGCCAUCCCUGCCACCUGGAAAUCCCACCCAUUAGUCUCAACGGGCGCCUCGCGGGCGUAUUUUUGGUUUCACCUUGGCUCAGCAGCAAAGUUACUGCGGCUGCAUUCCGUGAAAACAAUUACGUUGACAUGCUCACCAGAAAAUGCAUGUCUCACGCCACAGCAGAGUUGCUUCAUCCUCGGUUCCCCGCCAAAACGAAGUCCGAUGAGAGUGACUUGGCCAUGGCAAUGCCUAUGGACGGAGACCUUACUUGGGUAGACGAUAUAACAAUCGCGACUAAGAGUCUCUACAUCACCGGUGGUCAACAAGAAGCAUUCAGAGAUGAUAUUCGGUCGUUCGCGGAGCAUAUCAGUUGCAGCAAAAACGACCUAGAUUUGCUUGUUGAACUGGCAGAACGUGAAGCUCAUGACUUCAUCCUGCUUGAAGGCCAAAUUGGACGUGUUGGAGACGCGACAGUUAGAAUGAGGAACUGGGCUGCAGCUCAGUUAACUUCUGGACUUGGGCAGAAUUCAUCGUGA